AGCUGGGAUUGUGGGUCUCCGGCCUGCCUUAGUUGUGCUGACUCCCCACGUCCCACCUCAGCGGCUUUAAACUUCCUAGGACUUUUGGCAGCCGCCUGCCGCUGUCCGCGGGUGGCUGGUACUGAAGGCGGCGUGGGGCUGAGGGAGACCCCUGAGGGUGGAAACUACAACUCCCGGCAGGCAGACCCACUCCGGGAGGGGGGCAGGCGGCUGGGGGGCUCUCGGUGCUGCAUGUGCUCCCCCUGGUGGGUGUGAAUAGCUGGGGCGGGGAGGGGAGGGCUGUUGCCCACUGGCUCCGUCUCGGCUCCCACUGCUGCACUCUUGUGUUCAUUCCCUGCCUCUGACUCGCUUCCAGCCAGCCCCCGCGCGGAGGGAGGCAGACACCGCACACACGGCCGAGGGACGGAGCCCGGCGCCGAGCCGCGCGCUGCACCUGAGCGCCGCACGCUGUCUGUGUGUCUGUGUGUGGGUGUGAGGGAGCCAGAGGAGCCGCGCGAGGGGGACACAAAGCGGCUCAGUCCAGCUCCGCAGCGGCUUCCUCUGAUCCAGAGAGAACCAGACACUCGCUGGGAAGGGAAAGGGGCGGGGGGCGGCUCCAAACUGCGGCCACUUCGGGGGCUGUGACCAGCCCUUGCUGCUGGGAAGGAGGCGAGGCGCGGUGGGGGCGGCAGCAGCAGCCCGCCCCCUCGCUCCAUGGCCGCGCAGUGAGCAGGAGCGGGGCACAGUGGCCGUGGCUCUGGAGCUGGCGCUGCGCGGGGAAGAAGCGAGCGAGCCGCCGCCCGCGCGCAAGGGUCGCCCGGCCGGCCGCGCGGCGCAGCAUGCGCCCGGCUGCUGCCUUCUGAUGCCCAGCCCCGCCGCGAUGAUCUCCCCCGAGCAGCCGCCGCAGCCCAACCAUGUUGUCGCGACCAUCGAGAACCUGCCGGCGGAGGGCGGCGCCGGCGGCAGCGGCAGGAGCAGCAUCUCCGCCUCCUCCUCCCCGGGCGUGCGCCAGCGGCUCCGCAAAGUGCUGAACAGGGAGCUCUUGCUGUCUGUGGCUCUUGGCCAGGUUUUGUCCCUUCUUAUCUGUGGCAUUGGCCUGACCAGCAAGUAUUUGUCAGAGGAUUUCCAUGCCAACACUCCUGUUUUUCAGAGCUUCCUCAAUUACAUCCUCCUGUUUUUGGUCUACACCACUACACUAGCUGUCAGACAAGGAGAAGAAAACUUGCUGGCAAUUUUGAAACGGAGAUGGUGGAAGUACAUGAUCCUGGGGAUAAUAGAUAUAGAAGCCAAUUACCUGGUAGUCAAAGCUUACCAAUACACCACUCUUACUAGUGUACAGCUCCUAGAUUGUUUUGUUAUCCCAGUGGUGAUAUUACUGUCCUGGUUCUUCCUGCUGGUCCGAUACAAGGCAGUUCAUUUCAUUGGAAUUGUGGUCUGCAUUCUGGGCAUGGGCUGCAUGGCAGGAGCAGACGUCCUUGUCGGGAGACAACAAGGAGCAGGUGAAAAUAAGCUGAUAGGGGAUCUCUUAGUACUAGGUGGAGCAACACUCUACGGCAUCUCCAAUGUUUGUGAGGAGUACAUUGUCCGAAACAUGAGUCGGGUGGAGUUCUUGGGCAUGAUUGGGCUGUUUGGCUCCUUCUUCAGUGGAAUUCAGCUUGCAAUAAUGGAACACAAGGAGUUGUUAAAAGUUCCCUGGGAUUGGCAAAUAGGGUUGCUGUAUGUUGGCUUUAGUGCCUGUAUGUUUGGCCUCUACAGCUUCAUGCCAGUGGUCAUUAAGAAAACCAGUGCUACUGCAGUCAACCUCUCCCUGCUCACAGCCGACCUGUACAGCCUAUUCUGUGGAUUAUUCCUCUUUAACUACAAGUUUUCAGGACUUUAUCUGCUGUCAUUCUUUACUAUCCUUGUUGGGCUGGUGCUGUACUCCUCCACCUCCACGUACGUAGCCCAGGAUCCACGGGUGUACAAGCAGUUUCGAAACCCUUCAGGACCUGUUGUAGACUUGCCAGCAACCGGACAGCUGGAACCUUCAGUAACGUAUACCAGUCUAAGCCAGGAGACAGAAGAGGAACCUCAUGUCAGAGUUGCCUAAUCCCAGGCACUUGUCUCCCACUGAUGAUUUCAGUAGAGUUUGUAUAUCCAUGAUCCCUGUAUUGUACAUAGAGAAAGGUAUUUACUGGGUACGGUUACACAGGUGAGCUUCAAGGUAGCAAAUAGGGAAAGCCUGUAAAAGUUAGAAACUAAUUGUCACUGGGUGUACAUUGCGAAGGGGUGCCAGUCCCUUAUUUAGUACUAUGCUGGCCUCAACAGAAUGCUCUAUGUGAAUCGCUCACUAUCAAACUACCUGUGAAGAUAUUCAAAAUGCAAGCUGAAAUUACACAGAAAUCAAAAGGGUAUUUUUGCACCUAUUGUGUGAUACUUUGCCAAGGCCACACAGAGUUGUGGAAAAGCCACAUUUUUACAGCAAGUCCACUUGUACAGUCACUGUUAUUUUCUCUCUUUUUAAAAUGUAUUUGUUUUGCACAAAUAAGUGGGAUACUUCUGGUAGCUACACCCUGAUGCAUUUUUGGUGGCACCUGGAUCUUUUGGGAGAAAGGAUUAAUGAGUUCAGCUGUACUAUCUAUCUGGUAGCCCACCUUAUAUGUAAUCUCUGCUAUGAGUGCAGGGGAGGGACAAUUUACAAUAUCAGUCUCUAUUCUAGGAAUAGGUGUAAAAUGAGCAUUUUAGCCUUUCUAUAUUUUACAGAAGUGAAUUACUGAAGCAUUGACCUUUUUAUGUUUCAUGGAGGAUUUCCUGGUGGCUGAGGUUCUGUACCAGGUGACACGGGAAUUACAUUUCUGUAGCUCUGUCUAACCUGCAGAAACAAAAACAGAACACAUUUCUUACUUUUAAAAUUAAAUCUGUAACAAAUUUUCAUUUUCUAUUUUCCUAGAUAUUGUAGCUCUCAUUGGUAAUGAUAUAUCAGUCAGACCAGGGCAUUUAUUUUCAAUGCUCAGUGCAUAUUCAGGAGCCUUCUACUAUUCCAGUUCUCUCAGUCCUGUGGUACAGGAGGCUUUGACUUCCUUUUCCUAACCAUGCUAAUCUGGAAAUAUGUAAAUUUUUCAUCAGAACCUUCUUGUGCCACAAUCAUAAAUAUUAGUAUGAUAAUGUAGUGAACUCAUGAAUAUUAAGAAUAAGACCGACCCAUCUGCUGGUGGUACUGCAGCAGCAUGAUGGUAUUCAUGCCAGAGAGGUAUAGCCAAUUAUUUUUCAUUUAUCUACAAAAGUAGAAGAAUUUAGCAGUGUUCUGAUAUUCACCAGGGAAUAUGACAGUCCCUCUAAAAUAAGGGUGUGCUCUACCACUGUACUUCUGCUGCAGGAAACUCAUCAGAAAUGUGGAGCAUUUAAAACACUUCUAUGGAAUCUGAAGCAGAAUACUGCAAAUCUAUAACCUGUCUUGAUUUUUUUUGCCCUUUUAAGAGCAGAGUGAAAGACAAAAGUCAUUGCUUCAUACAUCAUCAGUCCAUUUUCCUCUUAAAAUUAAGGAAAGGAAGGAUAGUCUUGUGUUUAAAGGACAGGAUAGAGAUUCAAGAGAACUCAGUUUUAUUCACAGAUCUGCCACAGACCUCUUGUGUGAUCUUAGACAUGUCAUUUAACCUCUGUGUGGCUUAGUUUCCUAAUCUGUAUAUACAGGGAUAGUAAUUCUUUACCUCCCUCACAGGAGUAUUUUUACCUCCCUCACAGGUCUAAAUUUUUUUUAAAGUGCUUUAAGAUCUUCAGAAAGAAGGAGCCAAGGAAGUAGGACAUAUUAUUAUAAUAGCUUUUAUAUAUUCAUUGUAUUGGAAAACAGGGUUUGCAGCAAGGUUGUGGUAAAUUGCUGCAUUUUCUGCUGGUGGGCAUAUGAAAUGUAUUUUAGUUGAAUGACAUUACUCUGAAGAAGUCAGUUUUAAAUGAAAAUGUAGGGCUUUCUGUAAAAAAAAAUACAACUCACCUAUUUCUAUGAGAAAAAGAAACUGUACACUCUUGAGAUUGGAAAAGGCCAGGCAAAUCAACCAAGCAGGAUGGAUUUCUGCUGAAGUAACAAUUGUCUUAUAGUCUUGUUCUGCAAAGCUAUAAAAAGGACUUCUCUGAAGCAGCCUGAGGGAAGUUUGCAUACAAGUAUAAAAAUGGCGACGUGCCAAUAUGCUAAUAAAUUACUGACUAUCUGUUUAAUCUCGUUCUUCCUGUUGAUGAGGAAGAGAGACACAGUCCGUCUCAUCAUGAUUAUGCUGCCUUCUAUGAUCCCACUGCAGUUGAAAAAGAGGGGAAGAGGGGAUUGUAAUAUUGUCAACCCCCCCCCCCCCCCCCCCCACACACACAUGUUCAGAAAUCAUGAGAUUUUUUAAAAAAAAAGUUGGGUUCUUUUUAUUUUGCUUCUGGUUGGGAGCUUUUAGUGGUCAUGUUUUCAGGCUUUCCCCUGCAACCAUAAGGGCUGGAAACCUUAAAAAGAAGAAGAAAAAAAAAGCUGAGGUUUUCAUAUAAUAUGACUCCAGGAUCUGGGGCUUUAAGAGAAGUGAGCUGUAGCUCACGAAAGCUCAUGCUCAAAUAAAUUGGUUAGUCUCUAAGGUGCCACAAGUACGCCUUUUCUUUUUGCGAAUACAGACUAACACGGCUGUUACUCUGAAAACUGCAAAUAUAGUGAGGUUCACACUCUAAAAUUACAAGAGUUGGUGACACCGAGAUUUUUCACAUUCAUCUCUGUUUGUUUGACCUCUCCAUUCCCAGUUAAGACCUCAAAAUAGGUUUUAAGUGGGACAUAGGUGACCCGUCAAUUCAUCCUUGUGCAGAGGGCCAGCACAAGACCAAGGAACCACUGAAGUCCUCAAAUCAGGGCUUAACUGGUGCAUGGGCUUUGUGUAGUCACUGUACAGUUCAAGCCCCUGCAAUAUGUUCUCGUUACAACUGUCAUUGUUCUCUCAGGUACCCUAAAGAGCAUUGGUGGGCACCUGUCAUCUCCCAGUCUUUUUGCUACCUUUUAUACCAAUUAAAUACCUUUCUCUGCGCAUUAUUCCCAUGUUAGUCUUGAGACCUCUGAAGACUGGGAGUGUUUGUGUGCAUGUUUGUUUCAUGUUUACAUUCCUUCAUUUUGCAUAAUUAUUUUGGUUUACUUCAUUCUUAGUAUUUAUUUUCUAAGCCAAAUGUUUUUAGUCUUUUUCUCUCUCUUCUCUCAUUUUUAUUACAAUAAUUUGUAGAUGUUUAUUAAAGUCUUACUAGGAACAACUGGAUCGAAGGCAUAUCCAGGUCAGCUCACUGACCCAGGAGUUUAUGCAUAUAAGGGUUUGAAAUCAACUGAUGGCUAAGAGGUGCCAUCUGAAACAAUUGUUAUGGGAUAUCUUAAAUGACUUAAUUGUAUGGAAAUAAAUUGCAACUGUUCACAUAUGCACUGUGCACUCAACAACCAUCCUGUGUGUUCUUGCACAUGAAGAGAUUCGUGGUAUUGGGAUAAUUUAGUAUGGGGUUGAUUUUUUUUAUUUUUAUUUUUAUUUUGUUUUUUUGUCUCCAGCUAAAGAGGAUGUGUUGAAUUGUUCCAAUUUGCCAAUAAUGGAUGGACCUCAAAGGAAAAGAGUAGUAUAGCUUUACAAAUACGCUGUUGAAUGAAAGCUGAGGUCCAGCAGGGAAAACUAUUAUUUCUAGAUGUUUAAUUUCCUGCAAUUCCAGACCUCAGUGGACACCAGCAAGGUUCAGCUAUCCGACUGGCAGCAACUCUACUGGUUGAAUUAGGACUUCACCAGCUCUGUGUAUAUCUUUUUCUUGAACAAACUGAAGCUCUGCUACCCAUUGGCGGUGAGGGGUUCUUAGCAAGGCUGAUGUAAUUUUCUGCUACUGGAUGGAGACCUGCACUGGGAGUCAGAACUUGUCUUUUUUUCCAGCUAUAAACUUUUAAAAUACACAACAAUAGACAAAGCAAUUGAAAAUUUUGCACCACUGUGUCAUAUGGAAAAGUUUCAAUGUAUAGUUUAGAUAUUGCUAACUUGUGCUAUUAACAUUUUGACAAGCGUGUAGUAUUGUUUUCUUUCUCUUUUAAAAAAAAAUUAGUAUUCCCAAGCUAGCUACAAAUAUAAAUUUUACCCCAUGGGUAGGAUUUUAUUGUUAAAUGUCAUAAUUAAGCACACUAAUUUUGGCACUGCAAAUGGAAAUGUGAACCAAAACCAAUCAAACAAAAACACUCCGUCCCCAAACUCCUGCACUAAGCUGAACAAACCUUUCUCUGUUUUGAUAUUUGCAUGCUCCUAUAUGGACUGGCUGUGGCAAUGUAAUGCCUGUAUAAUGUUUUCAAAUAAAAAAUAAAUGCUUUAUGAAA